GCAUUGUUUACGCGUAAUCAUUCAAGCAUAUCGUACCCAGACCCCGGGUCACAUAGCUGGCCGCUGGACCCUUCAAGGUGCAGGCAUCGCAAUCUGCCAAAAGCCGUGAGAGCCGUUCGCGCAUCCUCGAAGCUGCAGCUGGCUGCAGCCACCUCGUCAGCUGCUUUAAAGGUGCAGGUUGGCAGCACGCUACAUACCCAAUCGUUCCAGAUUGUCGAACAACCACAUUCUGAUCGGCCGUCUCCAUGAGAGAUACACAACAGUUGUGUGACGGAAUCAUUCAUACCUUUUAAGCGAGGUUGGGCCCCCAGGUUCACGGGUAUCGCAAAGCAUCACCUGAAGUCAAGGACGAUCCCUGAUAUGGGUUCACGCACCAGCGCAACGUCGAGCGCCGAUAUGGCAUCGCAGGUGACUCCUCAACCACCUUCACCAGUCGCUACAACGACAGGGAAAGCGUCAGAAGAUUCAUCUUUACAGCGAGCUUCCUCACAAGCCAAGUCAGGCGAGCCAGAACAAGUACAGCCGCAGGGACCCCUGGUCAGUAUGGCCGCUACGACUCCGUUUGAGCCUGCGCAGCAAGCGCCGUCUGCGCAGACCGCAGAGACAGCAGCGCCGACUAUGUCCGAGUCUACAGCAGCAAAAUCUCACCAAAAAGAGCCAGCACCCGAAUCAGAACCAGCCAUGCUGCCUGAGAAGAUGGAGCUGCCAUCAGGGAGUGCGAGCCUGAAAUUUGAAGAGCACAUCCGAAGAAAGAGAGACAGAGAAGGUAGCUUGGAACCGAAUUCUGCUCACGUGGGGCCAUCAACACCGGACGCUGUACCAGCGAAGAAGAACAGGCUGCUUGAGCAUCCGGAAGAAACGGAUGAGCCGGAGGCCGGAGGCACAACGGACUCCAUCCAGGCAUCAGCAGCUGGCCAGGACGAGUCUGCAGCAGCUUUGGCACCUAGCCGGACUUCGCUAGAUGCAACUGAGACCGAUGGCCCCGGUGUGGGGCAGAUCCGUCGUAAGGUCAGGGAUCUUGAUUGGAAAGAGCAGGGCGGGGAAUGCGGCGCCGCCAAAGUGAGAGGGCCAAGCACAGCCGAAGAACCGAAGACGACGUCGUCUACAUCGACGUUGGCAACCGCAACAGAACCGGAUGCUGCAUCUACGCCAGCAAGGUCGCAGCCCACAUUCGCGUCUUUCAGCAGCAAGCCAUCUGCUUCUGCUACCACGAGUGGAGGCGCAAGCGCAGCAUCUUCCUCGCCCUUUGGGGCAGGCAUCGCCGCCACCACUGACAAGUCUAAGUCCUCCUUGCAGCCCACUUUUUCAUCUUUCACCUCCUCUACCAAAUCUUCUCCAUUUGUGACAGGCGCAAGCGGCUCGCGCUCCUGGCUUGCCACCUCAACUGGAAGUGGCUCAGCGCCUACUGCGCCCGCAGCCGCCACGGGAGGCAUCGGACCCAGCCUGCUUGGCUCCUCGCUCGACUCGCAAAAACCGAGAAAUGGUUCCUCAGGCUCAUCAUCGCAUGCACCUUCUUCCUCCCUCCAGCAUGCAGGCGUUGACGCAACGGUAAAGCCACCAGCUCCAUUGUCUUCUUCGUCGAAAGGCAAAGCUGCGACUCCCUCUCUUGGCUUUGGUGCAUUUGCAAGUGGUGCUGGCUUUAGCAGUGCGACGAGCAAAGUGUCUGCUCCUAGCAGCAGCAGCGGCAACGAAAGCGCCCCAUCCUCGGCAGCAGGCACGCCACAAGACGGAGCAGCGGGCGCUGCCGAUCCCGCCGUUGAAGACGGACCAAAGGCGUCCAUCUCGGAUACAGGUCCUAGCGUGGACGCAUCGUGGGAAACUACAGGCAAGCAAGACUGGGACUUGGCUUUCCAGGCGCAGCUGGCGACGGGUGCUGGCGAGUCUUUGCAGGAGAGAGAAAAGGUCAAGCUCGCAGCUUCUGCAGACGCACUCAAGACAGGCGAAGAGGACGAGAACACUGUUUUUUCAGCUCGUGCAAAGCUCUACACCACGUCGGAGAGUGCAGGAUGGAAAGAACGGGGUACUGGCACCGUGCGCUGCAAUGUGCCACGCAACGCAGCGUCCAAGGGUGGCAGACUUGUCAUGCGCACUGAUGGUGUGUUGCGUGUCAUUCUAAACGUCAAGCUUUUCGCCGGCAUGAGUUGCGAAGUCGCGCAAGACAAGUUUGUUAAACUUGUCGCUUUGGAAGACGGGACUCCCGUCAAUUUUGCGAUCAGAUUCGGGAAUCCAACCGCCGCUUCUGGAUUCCACGAUGCGGUCAAGAAGAACACACCUGUAUAAAACAAAGCUGGCACACAGCCUGCCAUGCCUCUACAUGAGACUAGAAUUGAACUGCAUGUUAGACUACA